AUGGACUCUCCUGACGCUGAACAGAGACUUCGCAACUGGCCUGGAGAGCUAUGCCGUGAACUGGUCCAAAUUCACUUGUGGGAAGCGUUCCGUACUACGGCAAUACUCCAUUGUAGAGCUUUACGGCCUGCGACAGAGAAUGAGGAGAGUAGUGCAGCGGCGGGGUUUGGCGACGAGCUUCUUGAGAUGAAGGCAUUGGCUGCCUGCCAAGCUGUCAUCGACUCGAAGGGUGACUCGUUCCCUGGUGUGCCACACCUAGCUGCUGCACUUAUGUACCCCCUCUUCAUAGUGUGCCUGUCCACCAAGCAGGACACUGUUGCUCGGUCUCUUUCGCGAGAUCUCUUCUCGGAAGUGGUCAGGAAAUGGGGAGACCACGAAAUCAGACUGGCAUGGGACAUCGUCAUCGAGGUUUGGCAGAGGUCUACAAUGCAACCUGGGGUUUGUGGACUAAAGUUGGCGGAAGACUUUGUCGCAGAGUUGGACAUUGAGAUGUAUUUGUACUGA